AUGUUUGGAUUAAUGAAAAUAAAUACAUCAAAUAUUGUACCUGUAUGUUUAGAAGCACAAAAUUUGAUUACUAUUGUAUUACGAUCAUUUCUCACACACAUCAGUAGUGUACUUGAUCAACAUCCAGAUCCAUAUUAUAUAGAUUCCGGUUUAGUGAAUCUAUUAUUUAUUGAAAUACUAUCGAAUGAUACCAAAAAUGCCGAUAGUGAUACUAUAUUUGUAUUACGCCGACUGUCGAUUUGUCAACGCGCUGUUGUCAAUCAAUUGAUUUCAAAAUUAUUCAAAUAUAAAACCGUUGAUCAAACAUCAUUACUAGCUGACUUUACUAGUCGAUCAAUUGAUUUUUAUAUCAAGUGGUUUGAAAACUUCAUUUGUGAUUCACAUUACACGCAAACCAAACCUAAAUAUGAUGAUUUUCAACGUCUAUUCGACGGCUGGCUACAACAUAUUAAACAAAAUCCAGCAUCCUUGUUCGAUAGUAUUCUUCAAACCAUUGAUCAAUUAUUGAGUAAACUGCCACAACCGUCAAUGUCCGAUGAACGAAUGAAAUAUAUUGUAUGA